CACGACAACAAUAUCAAUCGGCUACUCAGAAUCGACCAACACCAACCCACCACAUCGAACAAGAUGCCCAGCGCGCUUCUCAAGUGGGGGCAUCCGCCCUCGCUCGCCACAUUUCUCAAGUCACACCAGGAGUUGUCCGUGGACAGCGCCAUCGAACACCUGGAAAUGCUGCUGAAGGGCCGCCUGAUUAAGAAUUCCCGCCCGUGUGCAAUUGCCACAACCCAUCUCUUGCUGCACGUGGUCAGCAGCGGUGAGUGGGAUGAUUCACAAUCGCUUAUCAAGCGGAUUCGUGAAGUCGGCAGACGCCUGAUUGCUGCACGUCCGCGUGAGAUGGCUGUGGGUAAUAUUGUUCGACGCGUUCUCUCCCUGGUCCGAGAAGUUGCAGAGACAGGCAACGAGCAGAAUGGCCCGGUUGAUGAUGGCAUCGUUCCCGGCUUCAGUGCACAGCAUCAUGACUCCAAUACUCCAGAGUCGCCGUCAAUGAGUGGAAGCAUUGAACAGCUGCCUCCUCUCCAGAGACCGCAGAUGCCAUCUACAGCAGGCUCUCUGUUCAAUAUUUUUGGACAGCCCGAGGGCUCACUAUCAAAAUCUUCGCCAAUGGGGUCUGGAGCAGCCACACCGGCUCACGGAGGUCAGACACAGGGCAAAAUUGAGGAAAUCGACCUUCGUGCCGAAGUCUGCGCGGGAAUAGACGACCUCUUGGAAGAAUUGGACAUUGUCGACAGCCAGAUUGCUGAAUCCGCUCUCGAUCACGUCCACAACAACGAGAUCAUCCUCACCCACACAUCCAGCUCCACAGUCCAGAGAUUUCUCUAUGCUGCAGCAAAAGGCAGCCUCGGUGUCAAAGGACGAAAAUUCACAGUCAUCCACGCCGAAGCCUACCCCAACGACCACGCCGCCACUCACACCACCAUCGUCAGCGGAGCCUCUAAGCCCGGCCCCGAAGACAGACGGUGGAAAGCUCUCACCGAGCUCGGAAUCACCGUCAUCCUCAUCCCUGACACCGCCGUUUUCGCUCUCAUGUCCCGCGUCAACAAAGUCAUCCUGGCGCCACACACCGUACUCACCAACGGCUCUCUGAUCGCCACAGCCGGCGCAUCCACCAUCGCCCUCGCGGCCAAAACCCACCGCGUCCCCGUCGUCGUCCUCUCGGGCGUGUACAAACUCUCUCCUACAUACCCCUUCAAGCCCGCCCAUUUGAUCGAGUACGGCGACCCGGGACAAGUGUUGGAGUGGCAAUCCGAUGGGGAGUUUAUGGAUGCCGUGGAUGUGGUGAAUCCUCUGUAUGACCAUGUCGCUGCUGAUCUGGUCGAUCUGUACAUUACGAACUUGGGACCACAUGCUCCUAGUUUCCUCUAUCGCAUUGUGGCGGAUCAUUAUCGUGCAGAGGAUAUUGACUUGUCUUGAUCAGGAGGAAUGAAGAGUGAGUGAGUGCCUGCCUUGAUUCGGGCGAGACUGGAUGGAUGGAAGGAUGUAUGGAUGGAUGGCUGGCUGGCUGGCUGGCUGGCUGGAUGGAUGGCUGGCUGGAUGGUAGUAGCCCGAGGCUACAUGUACUCUACCACCAAGGAGUAUGAACUGAACUGUACUGUACUUUUCCCGUGUGUGUUCGUUUCGAGGACACGCCUCUUCUACCUAGGUAGUUCAAUAAUACUACCUAUCACACCUUUCAC